CCCGUGAGUGCAUCCAGACUGCAUUACAAUGAUCUCCAUGCUACUCCUGACGUUGACGGUGCUCGCCGCGGAGGCUCAGCAGCCGAAGCAGGCACCGGCCGGCGAGUCCAUUCCCAUCAUCCGGUUCGAGACGGACGGGCCCAACGUCGACGGGACUUAUAAAUGGGCCUACGAGACAGGCAACGAGAUCACCGCGGAAGAGUCUGGUUACGUGAAGAAUUUCGGCAAGGGAGAGCCGGAGGAAGUGCAGGUGGCCGAAGGGAAGUUCAGCUACAAGUCUCCCGAGGGACAGCUUAUAUCGCUCACAUACAUCGCGGACGAGAACGGGUUCCAGCCACAGGGCGAGCACCUCCCGACCCCACCGCCAAUUCCGCCAGCCAUACAAAAGGCCCUGGAGUACCUCAAGACCCUACCGCCAACGCCCGCAUCCACCAACCUGCAGCCUCAGUACCAAGCGGCGCCUUUCAGGAGAUUCUGAACUAGCAUUUAAAUUAAAUCUCAUAGACGAACAUUUAUAUUUAAUUAGUGUACUUAUACGAUUGUAUUAGUUAGGUAUGCUUAUACAAAAUGAGUGUUGUGCUAGGGCACUGUAACAAGUUACGUCCAAAAUGUAAGGGUGGAAUUUAUGUACAUUUAUUUUAUCAAAGUAAAGACGUCGGUUAAAAAUUAAACAUAACAAACCGAUGUCAAAACACAAUGUGUCAAAUAAUCUCCACUCGUACUUCCUAAAAUUUGUGCUGAAGUCUAGUCAAAGGUUCCACUUUAUCGCUUACCAUAAGAACGAGAUCGUUAUUAUUAUUUUUUUCAUUUUGAAUAUAAACUUGCAGUUUUGUAUAUGGUGUUAACGAAUAUGAACACAUAAUUUAAGCUCAUUCACACUUCCAAACUAUGAUAUUUUGAAAGUGGGAAAGCUUAACCCCUUGUAUGCGGCCUGUCAAAUUUGAUCAUUGAAAUAGUGUGACCUUGACAUUUAAAACAAUAGAUUAAAAUUACCACGCACGUCUAAGCAUACGAGGGGUUAAGAAUCGGCCCAUCUUAGGCGCCAGUACCUUAUUUAAUACGAAUACCCUCAAAGCGUCCUUAUUGAAAGCGGCAAAUUGAGACAUUUUGCUGGAAAACGACACAAAUAGAGCGUAUAAACUGGAUAAGAUUUCGUAUAAGAUAGAAAAUACUUGGAGGAUAUCAAGCUAUAGAUCAUAUAAAUAUUAGGUAUAUUUUUGUUGAUAAUUACAAUGUGAAACAAAACAAUUUGUACGAGUGGAAUACAGGUAUGUCUGGUGUUUGUAUAAUGGUACAAUGUGCCAAAUAUUAAAAAUGAAACCAACUGGCUUUGUCACUGUCAGUUUUGCCAUGACCAUGCUUAUUAUAUCAUCAACAUUAAAACAUGGCACUGACAGGUAUAUCUUAAGAUUCUUUAUGAUCAAAAUAUCUCGUUUUAACAUCAUUUUACAAAUUUACAUUAAGUUAUUUGAUUACAAGAAAACUAGAAGCAGCCUCAUUCACUCAUUCAUUCCUUAUAGUUUUCUGACUAAAAACGAACGAGUUCAUAACAAUACGCGAUAUUUUAGAUUGUUUAAAAAAACGAGUUAUUUAUAUCAUUGCUCUGAUUGAGAGAUCUCAUAAACCUGAACUCAAAAGAUUAAGACAGGAGACUAAACGUAAGUUUAAGAGUUCAAAAUAUACAUAUCUAUAAAUAUUUUGAGUUAUCUCCCUGUUUCGACACCCUGUUUAUUUAACACUUUGUUUUAGCUAGUAUUUUAUCUUAAAAACGCUUUUUUUUGUACAAAU